AUAAGGUGUAAGUUUUUGUGGCCCUUAACAACCUCAACAACAACAACACAGGAGUUGUUGUCAUCAUGGGUCUCCACAGUAUAUUGAAAAAAUUAAAGCAAAAGGAACACGAAGUUCGAAUCCUUAUGCUUGGUUUGGACAAUGCUGGGAAAACUACCGUAGUUAAGCGUUUCUGUGGUGAAGAUAUCAGCACAAUUUCUCCAACUUAUGGAUUCAAUAUAAAGACAGUGGAACACAUGGUAGAUAAGUAUGGCUAUAAGUUAAACAUCUGGGACGUUGGAGGGCAGAGUUCUCUACGAUCUUAUUGGCGUAACUAUUUUGAGUGCACUGAUGGACUCAUAUGGGUGGUUGACAGUGCUGAUGUUGAUCGCCUAAGAGACUGCCAGGGAGAGCUAAGAAAGUUACUUGAGGAAGAAAGGCUUGCUGGAGCAACACUUCUGGUAUUUGCAAAUAAACAAGAUCUUCCUGAAGCUCUUACAGAUGAACAGAUAAGAGAUAUUUUAGACCUGAGUAGCCUCAAAACACAUCACUGGUAUAUCUUGCCAUGCAGUGCUGUUACAGGAGAAAAUCUGGUUGCUGGUAUUGAUUGGCUAAUUAGGGACAUUGCAGCCCGAAUAUUUACACUCGAGUAAUUUUAUACAUUAUUUUUCAUUGUAUUGUAAUUACUAAUUAAAGCUGCUGUUUGACUAAUUUACAGAUGUCAUAUUCUGUGUUAUUAAAUUUUAAUACCAUUUUGCCUUGCACAAUUAUAAUGCCUUGCACAUUAUAUUCUCAAAAAGAGUGAUAACUCCUUUGAAUACCUUGUGUUUUGGUUAUGGUGCUGCUUUUGUUUCAAAAUGAAAUUGGAAUUGGAAAGUAAAUCUUCUUUUGGUUUCACUUUCCUACAAAAGAAAAUGGGCUGUGUAACUGUAGAGUCAUUGUCUUUGGACUUUUUGGUUUUAUUUAAUGCAUUGUUCAACUUAUUGCAUUUGUAGAAGUGUUAAACCCACAGGGGCCAUACAGCGCCUGGGAAAGUGUUCAAAUGGUAUUUAAUCUAUAACAAAAAUUAUAAUUAUGGAAGCUAAGUUGCCAAAACUAUCUUCAGUCUUCAUUGUUAUUAUUGUAUUGAAAAAUGCUACUCAUUUGGUCCUCAGUCCUAAAUUUAUAUACUAUGUAUAUUGUCUAAGUUUUUUAAAAGUUAGAUUAGAUAGUCUUGAUUGUUUUCAUGCCAUAUUGUUUAUUCAGCAGCAUUAGUAUGCAAACAGUGUAAAAAAUUCAUAUUUUUUAUAUAAUAAAUUGCUAUGAUUUGUUCCACUUGCUAAAUUUCAGUGAUUUAACCCUUUCACCGUCGAUACCCUGAUCACAAACUUGCUCUCAGUGUCGAAAAAUAUUCAAAAAGAAAAAAUUUUUUUUCUUACCAAAAUCUCAAGAAUAUUUUUCUGAGUGUUUUAAAAGAAAAAAAUAAAUUUUUGCACUCAGUAUUUACUGAGAUAUAGAGGCAUAAAGUUGACAGAAAGUGCACCGUUGAUGGCAACGUUGGCGACUGUCGCUCACUCAGUAAUAUUAUUUUUACUUUUAUUCUAUUUUUUCUUUUCUAAUACAGUGGACCCUUGACUAAUGAUAUUAAUUGGUACCCGAGAGCGAUUAUUGUUAGUCGAGUUUUUUUAACGUUAGUCGAGGCAACAUGUUAGCAUUAACAUGUAUCGUUAGUUGAAUUUAAUGUUAGUCGAUGCCAUCGUUAGGCGAGGGUCCACUGUAUUUUAUUUUUUCAAGUAAUUUUUGUGGCCUGUGAGAACAAUGUAAUGAAUAAUGUAUAUAGUAUAUCCACUUGUUGGCACCCUGCUGCCAAUCCCAGAUGUGGUCUGCUGCUGGGUACUGGAUAUUGCAGGUGGUUGUGGUUGUGCAGGUUGUUGGGGUGUGUGGGUGGUUGAAGGUGACCUUUGUUGUGGAUGUGCUGAGUCAGCAGCAUGGCUACCAGCCUGGGGUGCCACAUGAAGCAUUACACCACCACCUGCUGCUGCAUAUAUAUUAUUUAUCCUAAUUGUCACAUUACCCAUUACCCAUACUGUCUUUCCCACCACCCACACUGUCUUCCCUAUCACCCACACCGUUUUCCCCACCACCCACACUGUCUUCAUCUUCCCCGCCAUCCACACUGUCUUCCCCACCACCCACACUGUCUUCCCAUCACCCACACCAUCUUCCCUACCUCCCACACCAUCUUCCCCACCACCCACACUGUCUUCCCCACCACCCACACUGUCUUCCCCACCACCCACACUGUCUUCCCCACCACCUAUGCUGGAAAUAAGUCACUUUCACUUUUUUGGGUUAUCCUAGGUUCUCUACACAUAUGCUGCUAUGUAUGAUAAUCUUUGUAACUGUAUUUGUGUAUGCCUGAAUAAACUUACAGUCCGUCUUCCCAACAACCCAUGCUGUCUUCCCCUUCACCCACACCAUCUUCCCACCAUCCAUGCUGCCUUCCCCUUCACCCACACCAUCUUCCCCACCAUCCAUGCUGCCUUCCCCUUCACCCAUACCAUCUUCCCCACUAUCCACACUGCCUUCCCCACCACCCACGCUGUCUUCCCCACCACCCACGCUGUCUUCCUCACCUAUGCUGUCUUCCCUUUUCACUGUAUCUGGUAUGCUGGGCAUUGCUUUCAGUCAAAAACUCAUCAAAACCACGAAAUUCAUCUUCACUGACACUUCCAUCUGUGUUAGAACUAUCACUUGGGAAGAGAAGAGUCCCAAUUCGCCGGGGAGUCGGGUAUUUCUUACCACUAGCAUGGUGAACAAGGCAUACUGAAUUGGCACUCCCACAAUGCACUGUGGCCUCCCAGAUUUUUUUAUACUGCACACACUGAGCACACAGACCCAUUCUCUCACAUAUAGGCCUACUAGCUUUCUCCCACCAGAUCUGAAGCUGCUAGAAUUUUGCUGUGGUAUUACAGGACCGACACUGGCUUGCAAGCUGUAAUAUUACGGGACCGACAGUGAAAGGGUUAAUUAACAGUUGUAUUAACAAAUAUGCACAAAACAUAUGUACUGCCAUAAAUUAUUAAAAGAUUUGUUGUAGGGCCACAUCUGCCACAGAUCUUUGAGUAAGACCAGUGCACCACACCACUCUACAGAGAGUGUUAGCUUCCUCACAGUCCAUCAUCUCUUAAACUUGUGAAAUAAAGCUAGUUUAGAAAUAUUAUUUAUUAUAUUUAAAGAGAAGUGUUAAACCCAUAAGGGUCAUGCAGUGCCUGGUGAAUGGGUGGCAAUUAAAUCUGAUCCAAGGAAGUGAAGAUUAGCUCCAGUUCCUUGGAUCAGAAGCCCUUUAGCAUCUAGAAAACACAGCCCUUUUAAUCACCAGAAAUAUUAAUGCCUGACCGAUAAGCUCUGAAGUGAAGUUGACAGUAUUUUGUCAAGGGUCUUUUUUUUUUUUUUUUUUUUUUUUUUUUGGUAUAAGAUAUUGAGGGCAAUAAUUGUUUUGUUGAGGAGGUGCACGUGGGCAGCAGGUUGUGCAUCCCUGAGGUAUUGCAUUAUUUUUAUGGAGAAGCACUAAACUUUUAGGGGGUUAAUCACUGGGAAAUGGGAGACAAUCAGAUUUGAUCCAAGGAAAAGGAGGACAGCUUUGCUUCCUUGGAUCUGAGCAUUUCACCAACAUCAAGGCUGGCACACCAUUGCUUUACCUUGAAAAUUAAUGCAUAUAACCAUAGGUGUAGGAAUUACUUACAUCCUUGUACAAAAGGCUAGUAAACUGUAACUACAUUUUGCAAUUUAAUGUGAUAUACUGUAUAUAUAUCAUUUAUAUGAAGGUUAACAAUAAAGACAUUAAUUCACAUUCCAUAGUAAUGUGUAUUU